AUGAACCUCUCAAUGGAAAAUUUCAUGGCCCGUGAUUCAAGAAUCACAGAGAAAGACUUCGAGACGAAGCAGCGGCGCAAGCUGGUGGACCAAUGGGCAUCCAUGAGCCAGGCGGACCGGGACUCGUAUCAAGGCAGGGCGCCAGACCGCGCAGAUGGUGCCUGCUGGUACCCGUACCAGCUAAAGAAUGCUGACCCGCUACAACAUAUCCGACGCGGAUUCGUCAAUCUCAUCGUCCAGCAGCCCCUUGACCCUCGAAAUCGUGCACUGUGGACGAAGUUGUGCAUUAUGUUGUAUCGCCUGGAUGCCGAGGACACCGACCACAGUUUCGGCAAGGAUCAAGUUGUCUUGGUGCAUCCCAAUCCUGCCAACAAUACCGUGAUUACGCCAGAAAACUACUAUACUCACUGUUUCGUUGAGCCGGCUGACUUCGAUCACAUGGCCAUGACGCUUCAGGGCACGGUCUUCUUCCAUAGCUUCGACAGAGGAAUGCUUUUCGCUGAUCAAGAGUCACUUGAAACCGGAAGAUUGCUUCUUUGCGAUCUCGAUAAUAACGGUCAAGUCAAGACCUCAUCUCGGAUGUGGCCCCUCUGGACCUACAUGGUUUAUUGUUAUGUUUUCGGAUUAGGGUGGUACGGCAGUCGUGUCAUCGAUGAAUAUGACUACGCCAGCGGCGACGAUGAUGCAAACGCAGCUCUCAAUAUGGAGUUGCCAAUCCUGGAACUACUUCAAGAAAAGCAAGAAUACUUCGAUAAUGAUGUAGAUGUCGAUUACUGGACGGAGGCCAUUGAGCAAUAUGCUCCGGGUUACUUGGAAAUGGAGGCAGAGGGUAAUGGGGGCCACCAUGGCCUAAGUAGGAGCUUUUUGCGAGUUAUUACAGCUUUGAUUCAAAUGACCGAAGGCGAUUCUUCGUCACAAGCUUGCUGGCGUUAG